CACACCGUCAAGGAAAAUCAAGCUGAAAGAAUCCAACAGACAGAGCUCACGCUCAUGAGUUUCUGCUUCAGAUAAGGAGAUGCCAAUAGUCCUUGCCCAUCCCUCCAAUUCCCUCUCUUUCCGCUUCUCAUCUCACUCACCUCUAAAUUCCAACAUCUCGUUUACUUCCUUCCACAACACACCCAAAUUACCACUUCGAAAACCCCAAUCAAAAACCCUAGUUUCUCCUAAGAAUUCGCCCGUUUGGAGAACAACCCAAAUCUCCUUUUGCUCUCCAAACGACAUUUUUUAUGAUAUUUCGAGUACCCAGCUGCCGGAAACCCCAGAAAUUGAUGGGGUUCAAGAUAUUGAAGAGCUUGAAUUGUUGGGUAAGCCUUCUCCGGUGCCUUUAAACAAUGGUUCUGCUUCAGAUGUUGAUUCUGAAUUGAAAAAGCCUGAUAAAGAUGAGGCAUUAGCACCUUUUUUAAAGUUCUUUAAGCCCAGGGAGAGUUCAGAGGAGGCCAACGGAGCAUCUGGGGAAGAUGGCAGUGAGAUAAGUGAGAGCGGGUCUACUAAACUGGUGUCUGUGGAGUAUUAUGAGCCAAAACCUGGUGAUUUUGUAGUGGGUGUGGUUGUUUCAGGGAAUGAGAACAAGCUUGAUGUGAAUGUUGGGUCAGACCUUCUGGGCACAAUGCUGACCAAGGAGGUGCUUCCUUUGUAUGACAAAGAGAUGGAAUACUUGUUGUGUGAUGUGGAGAAAGAUGCUGAGGAGUUUAUGGUUCAUGGGAAAAUGAGCAUCGUUAGGAAUGAUGAUGCAUUGAGUAGGGUACCUAUGCAAGGGAGCCCUGUUGUGGAGACUGGCACCGUUUUGUUUGCUGAGGUUCUUGGAAGAACGCUCAGUGGCCGGCCUUUGCUUUCUACACGGCGGUUCUUUCGGAGGAUUGCCUGGCAUCGAGUGAGGCAGAUAAAACAACUCAAUGAACCUAUCGAGGUUAGAAUAACAGAGUGGAAUACUGGUGGUCUUCUGACAAGAAUUGAGGGUUUACGAGCUUUUCUUCCUAAGGCUGAGUUGUUGAAUAGAGUUAAAAGCUUUACCGAGUUGAAAGAAAAUGUUGGACGCCGACUAUAUGUGCAGAUUACUAGAAUAGAUGAAGCAAAGAAUGACUUAAUACUCAGUGAGAAGGAUGCUUGGGAAAAGUCUCACCUUCAAGAGGGAACACUUGUAGAAGGAACUGUUAAGAAAAUUUUUCCAUAUGGAGCUCAAAUAAUGAUUGGUGAAAGUAAUAGAAGUGGGUUGCUGCAUAUCUCAAACAUCACUCGUGCCCGAGUUACUUCUGUCAGUGAUUUGCUAACAGUUGAUGAGAAGGUUAAAGUUAUGGUAGUAAAGUCCAUGUUUCCCAACAAAAUAGCUCUCAGUAUUGCUGACCUCGAAAGUGAGCCUGGUCUAUUUCUAUCAAACAAAGAGAAAGUUUUUUCUGAUGCUGAAGAAAUGGCAAAAAAGUAUAGGCAAAAGCUGCCAGCAGUUACAGCAACUCGUAAGUUAGAACCUCUUCCAACUGAUGCUCUACCUUUUCAUGACGAAGCAAGUUUGUAUGCAAAUUGGAGAUGGUUCAAAUUUGAAAGGGAUGAUGGACCAAACUGACCUAUAGAGUUUCUCAGUGACCUCAUAUAGUUGGAAAAAUGUGAAACCGCCCAAGCCACGCCUCGUCUGAGCAUGGAAAGAAAGUAAAAUCUCCAGUUAGGCCAUUGUUUGGUAAGGUUAACAAAAAUCAAUGUUUUAUCUUGAUGGUGUGUACUGCAUUUCAGAUCACAACCCAUCUGAAAAUAUAUCGAAACAAAGCAUAUGAUGAUCACAACACAAACAUGAUUUUCCUCAUUCAAUUAGUAGCCCCACUGAUCAAAUUUUCUCUAGUUUGUGUUUGGUGUCUCCUUUUCCUUUCAUCUAUGCAGUUGCCUUAGAUGUUACUUUAUGAUUUAUCAAUGAGAAGUGAUCAUUAUUUAUUCUA